CCGACACGGAACACCAAGCAGCUCAUUUUCCAGCUCGGUUCCCCGUCCCACCGCCUUUGAUUUCCUUUCAUCCUCCCCCGGGAGCUGUUUAUGAACUAGAUUUUCUUCCCAGGCUCGAUUUCUAGGGCUUUGACCCGCAGUUUCCCUUCUCUAUCAGCGGACAAGUUCAAGUUUUCGAUCCAAUUCGUCAGAAAGGUGGAGCUUUGUUCUGGGUCUGGUGCAACGAUCCAGGGUUACCCUCUCCAACCAGGGCUUUUUCGGGUUUACAGUCGUGGAUCCCUUUGGGCGGCGAAAAGGUGUGCUUUUGAUACUGUUCUCCCCGUUUUCUUCCGCUUCCGAGACCUUUUGGUCUGGUCCACAGGCCGCUUUGUCCAAGAAAAGCCUCCAGAUUCUUUGGCACGGCGUAAGGUUGUGUGUUUUCCGCCUACUCGAGGCUAUCGCUGCGAAGUUUGCUCCUUGGAGCUUUCAAGAUUGGAUCUUGUGGGGGGGACUUGGUUGUGGUUCUUCAUCCGGGCCGUGGUAAGAGUGACCAGCGGAAAGCGUUCGGCUUGAUUGCUGUGAUUGCUGAGCUUGGAGAAAUGACGGACACUAUGGAUGCGAGUAGCUGGCAGGAGAUGCUACGGAGGAUAUUGCCUCCAGGCACCCCCAUACCGGAGGCACCGGCCAACCUCGACUACUCCAUCGCCAUCGAGUACGAUGGCCCGCCGGUGUCGUACGAGCUUCCGAGGGUUGACCCGGUCGAUUUGAUCCCGACGGCUGAGACUGCCCCUGGUUCACAUAGCUCGGUGAAUGGCACCACUCCCCCCGUAGUCGAUCCAAUUCCUUUGCCUGUUUCUCGGAUUGCUCGCUGUGCUGACCCCCCACCCCGAAGUUCCCAGACCUCAGGAAGCUCUGAGUCUGUAGAUUCAGUCUUGCAGAACGAAGAAUUCUCGGAUGCCUCCCGCUCGGAUUCUCCAGUGUCCACCCAUAGCGUGCCGAAUGGGCAGCCUAGCCAACCAGUGAACGAGGAAAGGAGGACGUCGGUGGUCACUUUUGAGGAGAAAUCAGAAAGCAAGGAGCUUUACAGUGAUUUGUCUGGUUCCACUCGAGAUGUUGGUGUCACCAGGAGGGAAAAGAGGAAAAGAGUGUGUUAUAGAUGUGGCAAGAGGAAGUGGGAGAGCAAAGAAGUUUGUCUGGUCUGCGAUGCCAGGUAUUGCAGCUACUGUGUGCUCAGAGCCAUGGGAUCAAUGCCAGAGGGGCGGAAGUGUGUUAGUUGCAUUGGCCAGCCAAUUGAUGAGUCAAAGCGCUUGAGACUAGGAAAGAGUUCGAGGACAUUGUCACGGCUUCUCAGUCCACUGGAGGUCAGACAAAUCUUGAAAGCUGAGAAGGAAUGUCCUGCAAACCAACUCCGCCCGAAACAGCUCAUUGUGAAUGGAUUCCCACUUAGGCCAGAAGAGAUGGCAGAGUUGCUCAGUUGCCCAAUACCACCGCAAAAGUUGAAGCCUGGAAAAUAUUGGUACGACAAAGAAUCAGGCCUCUGGGGAAAGGAGGGGGAGAAACCCAAUAGAAUCAUUAGUUCCAACUUGAAUUUUACUGGGAAGCUUCAUGCUGAUGCAAGCAAUGGGAAUACUGAAGUUUAUAUUAAUGGCAGAGAAAUUACAAAAAUUGAAUUAAAGGUGCUUAAGCUUGCUAAUGUGCAAUGUCCACGUGAUACACAUUUCUGGGUAUACGAUGAUGGCCGUUAUGAGGAGGAAGGUCAAAAUAAUAUAAGGGGAAAUAUCUGGGAAUCGACAUUGACAAGAUUGGCAUGUUCUUUGUUUUCUUUACCUGUACCACAUCCAGUUCCAAAUGAUCAUAAAAAUGUGGCUCCCUAUGUAGCCAGACCUGUACCUGAUUACCUUGAGCAGAGAAUUCAAAAGCUUUUGCUACUUGGACCACAGGGGUCUGGCACAAGCACUAUCUUUAAACAGGCAAAGUUUUUGUAUGGAAAUAAGUUCUCUCAAGAAGAAUUGGAGAAUAUCAAACUAAUGAUACAAAGCAAUAUGUACAAAUAUCUAAGUAUUUUACUUGAGGGACGAGAACGCUUUGAGGAGGAGGCUUUAGCUAGGUUGGAAGGGACAGGUUCACACGAUCAACAUCCCAGUGAAGGGGUUUCAGGCCAACAUAAAAGUGAAGCUAGUCAGCCAAAUCUCUGUAUUUACUCGAUUAAUGGAAGGUUAAAGCAGUUUUCUGACUGGCUUUUAGACAUUGUGGCCAUGGGGGACUUGGAUGCUUUUUUCCCUGCUGCAACACGUGAGUAUGCUCCAUUGGUUGAUGAGAUGUGGAGGGAGCCAGCCAUACAGGAAACAUAUAAGAGAAGAAACGAGCUCCAUUAUCUUCCAGAUAUUGCUGGAUACUUUUUGAGCAAGGCAAUUGAGGUGUCAAGCAAUGAGUAUGAACCUUCAGAGAAAGAUAUACUCUACGCAGAAGGAGUAACUCAAGGAAAUGGGUUGGCUUGUAUAGAGUUCUCACUUGAUGACCACAGUCCAAUGUCUGAACCCUAUAAUGACAAUCAUGAUGCUUACUCCCAACCACUUACCAAAUACCAACUGAUUAGAGUAAGCGUCAAGGGGAUGAAUGAGGGCUGCAAAUGGGUGGAAAUGUUUGAAGAUGUCCGUCUGGUGAUCUUCUGUGUUUCACUUGGUGACUAUGACCAGUUGGCAGCUGAUGUUAAUGACAGUAGUAAACCUCUCCGGAAUAAGAUGAUGCAGAGCAAGGAGUUAUUCGAGGCGACAGUCAGGCAACCAUGCUUCCAAGAUACCCCAUUUGUGCUCGUGCUCAACAAGUAUGACUUAUUUGAAGAGAAGAUAAACCGUGUGCCUUUAUCGGCCUGCGAGUGGCUCAAUGAAUUCUCCCCAGUGAAGACUAACCAGAACAGCCAGAGUCUAGCCCACCAGGCUUACUAUUACAUUGCCAUGAAGUUUAAGGAUCUCUACUUAUCCAUCACUAAUCGGAAGUUGUUCGUUUGGCAAGCUCGGGCACGAGAUCGUCCAACAGUGGACGAAGCCUUCAAGUACAUGAGAGAGGUGCUUAAGUGGGCUAAUGAGAGAGACGAGAAUUGUAUUGAGGACUCAUUUUACAGCACCACAGAGAUGAGUUCCUCACCAUUUAUCAGGCAGGAAUGAUCAAACUCAGAGCCUCCCAGCUUGAACUACUGUGUAUAUUAUCAGUCUUGCAGCCAUUUAGUCCUUGUGUUUCAGACACCUAUGUAUUUCUGAAGUCUAUUCUUGAUGAUUAAUCUUAUUCUGCUUUGUUCUUCUUUGUAAUACUAAUGGAUCUUUGGGUGAUGAAUCAUGAACUGUAAUAAAAAUUUGUAGAUCAUUUGGUGAA